AUGUUUAUAAGAAUAGUCAUAAGGUUAGAAUGGAGCCUCUAAUUGUACUGCUUAUUGACAGACCCCCUAACAAAUAAAGCAUCUUGUUUCAAAUUAGACUUUAGUAAUCCAAAUACUAUUGGUAUAUAAAAAGACACCUAAUUAUGCUUAUAGAUGGGAUAACCUUAAGCAAUAAUGUGUGCGGUUGAAAAAUAUUGUUUAGAUCAAACAACAAAUACCUGCUAGUUAAUUAAUACAAAAAAAGGGAUGUGUAUUGAUAAAAAUGGUUUUUGUGUAUAAAAUGGAUCCUGUUUUAAUUGUGAAUUAAAUUAAUGCUUGUCUCAAUCUAAUAAAAAUACAUGUUAAGACCUUUUAUAACCAUCAAUUACUUAUUGCAAGGAUAGCUAAGGAUUUUGCUAAUAUCUAGAUUCUGGACUUUGCGAUAUCUGUCCUGAUAAUUACUGCUUAAUUAAUAAAUUAUGUUUAAAUUAUAAAAGUUUAUUAAAGUUAGUUAAUAAUGGAUAGUGCUUUGAACAAAUCAAAAAGUUAAAAACCUGUGUAAUUUAAAAUUUAAAUGUACCAAACUAGAAUGGAAAUAUGAAUUGUAUGAACAAUUAAAGCUUUUGUUAAGAUAUAUCAAUUAAUAAUAAUGAAUGUUUAUCUUGUCCUAUGUACUUUAUAAAUCCAGGAGAUUAAAAAUGCUACAGCUUAGAAUAAAAGUUAGAACAUUCACCUUAUCCUUAAUAAGUAUACUUUGAAAUGCAAUUGAUUUAUAUUAAAUAAGACUGUUAUGAUUAAAACUAUUGUCUGGUAAACUAAUAUCUCAAGUGUCCAUUAGGUUGUUAUUCAUGCAACUCUCCUUCUUUCUGUACUUAAUGUAUUGAAGGUUACUUUUUAUAUCAAGAAUCCAAAACAAAAUCAAUUUGUAUAAAAUGUUUCAAUGAAUAGCCUCCUAAUUAAGAUUUAAGUUUAAGUCCUUAUUAUAAAUAAAUUCCUACUUACUAAUGUCUGGACUGCUCAUCAGAAUAUUCUUUGUGGUAGUAGAGCCAAUCUAAAUAUAAAACAUGCUAAAAUUUCAUUUUAUAGCUAGAUCAAAAUUUAUAAGUUGUAUUUUCAAAAUAUUAGGCAAUAAACUACCUAGUAUAAUCAACAUUAGGAUUAUAUAGCAUUACUCAAUAUUAAUCAGUGCUAUGUCCAGAAGGAUGUUUUUCAUGUGUUCAAGAAUCUAAUUCAAAAUCAACUUGUAUCAAAUGUUAAGUUUAGUAUGUUUAAAAUGGAGAUAUUUGUGAAAAAUGCCCUGAUAAUUGUAAUUACUGUUAAUAUGCAGCAAUUUUAAAUGGAAAAGCUGUAUUUAAAAGUGAAAUAGACAAUAAUAAAAUCAAUGAAUUUUAGUUUAUAAAAAUAUGCUUAGAAUGUAAACCUAAAUACCUUGUUUCAUAUGAUUUAAUAUCAUGUGUUUAAUGUGGUGUUAAUUGCGAUUAAUGUUAAUAUGAGAAUAAAGAUGAAGUUCUAAAUUAUAGCAUAGAUUAACUAACUGCUUUAUCAUAUUCCUAGUUUCAAACUAAAAAUUACAUAAAAAAGUGUUUAUAAUGCCCUAAAGAAUAUUUUGUUUCAUUUGAUGGUUAGUCUUGUGUGUAAUAAACACUAAAUUGCGAUUAUAGCAGUUUUAAAAUAGUUUAAGGUACACAGAAUUAUGAUUUAACAGAAGAGAUAUGGUUAUUUGUAGGUAGUUAAUAACAAAAUAUAAGUAUUAGCAAAAUUUGUAAAAGCUGCUCUUAAGGGUACAUAUUAGCAAGUGAUUAAAGUAAAUGUGAAUAUGGUUGUUAAUCAUUAUCUCAGCAAUCACUAUGCAAUAAUUGUAUUACUACUUCUUCCUUUAAAGUUUAAUGUUAGUUUUGUAGUAAUGGAUAAAUAUUAAACUAAAUUUUUAACCCCCCAAGAUGCUAAGAUGAUCUUUGUAAAAACAAUAUUUUAGGAUGCGCAGAGUGCUAUAAAUAUCAAGACUAGAGUUUAAAGUUAAACAAUUAAGUUUAUUAAUGUACAAAAUGCUAAGAUGAACAAAGUAUUCCAUCUAUCUAUGGAUGCAUUAAAUGCCCAGAAGGAUGUUCCAAAUGUUAUGAAGGUACAAGUACAUUUAACUUCACUUCAUAAUUAAUAUAUAAAAGAGAUUACAUCACUAUAUAAGAUAGAUUAGAUUAUAAAAAUAAAAACUAUAAAUUGAUAUGCACAGGAUGCUUAGAUGGGUAUUACUUCGAUUAAUAAUUCAAAAAAUGCAUUUUAAUUUAAUGUGGAUAAAACUGCCUAAAAUGUAUCAUUAUAAAUAAAAAGCCUUAAUGCAUUCAGUGCAACUAUGAUAAAUUAAUUAAUUAAAUUUCUUCAUUAUAAUAUUUUGUUGGUAUGUUCUAUUAUAAAUAAAAUUAAAUAAAUAAUCCAAAAUAAAUGAUAACAUUAACUUCUUCUGGUGAUGAUUGCUAAAUUUGUCCAUUACUUUGCGAAACAUGUGUAAACUAAAGCAAUGUCAGUUAGAAUCCUUUAUAUAUAUAUGAUGCUUAAUGCUUAUCUUGCAAAAAAACUUUAGAUAAAAGUUAUAUUUUAUAAAAUUAUAGUAUAACGUAUGAUAAAUCAAGAAGGAAAUGCUACUUAUGCUAAAAAUCAGAAUAGGGUUGCUACUAUAAGAAGUAAAAGAUAAUCUAUGCUUAAUGCUUAGAUCUAAGUAGCAGAUUAGGUGAUGGUUCAUUAAAAGAACCAAUUAACUUCAAUCGUUUAAAUGAAGUUAAUUUAAACUAAUUUAUCAUAAAUGAGCUAGAAUUUGAUCAAGCAGUAAUUUUUUAUAAUGAAUUAUAAGUUAAAGAGUUGGAGGUUUUAUUAAUAUUUGUUGAUAACAUUUGUUAAGAUCUAAAACCUCAAAACUUUACAAUUACUUUAAAGGAGAAAUUUAGAACUCUUUCAGCAAUCUUAAACAUAACAACACUUUACUCAAAUUUUACUGUGGAUUUCUAGUAAUAAGGUGUUUUUACUGUAUAAGGCUUUGACAAAAUUUUUAUUUAAAAUGUAAUUUUCUAACAGUAAAAAAGUGAUAAUAAAUUUGGAAUAAGUAUUUAAGAUGAUUCUUUAAAUACUUUUUAACUUAUAAAUUGUUAAUUCCACCAAAUAAGUUAAUUUUUAGAAUAUUAAGGUGCUAGACUAAUAGCCACUAAUAAAUUUUCUUAGCUCUAAUUAAAAUUCUUAAUUAUAUCUUAGGAUAAUCUCAACUACUUUACUUAAUAUGUUCGAUAUAAUAAUUCACCAAAUUAAAAUAUAAGUAUUUAUUUACAAAAUAUUACUUUUGAAAAUAGCACCUUUUACCAUAGAUCUUAAAUUCUGAAUUCAAAUAUCUUAAAUUAUCUAUCAAUUAUUAGCUUAAAGUUCUACUAAAGUACAUUUUAUUAAUCAUAAAAAGAGCUUAUACCUUUAAUUAUAUCUAAUUAGUUUAAUGUAAGUAAAAUUUAUAUCAUAUAAAAUAAAGUGACUAACUACAACUUUAUGUAGCAGUAAGAUGGUAGAUUGAAUAAUACAAAUUAAACGUCUUAUUUUGAAUAAAUUCAAAUUUUAGAUAACAUUGUUACAAUUGAUAGUUAUUUUUUAUUAGAUUUUUAGACUGAUAAAAACUCUAAUACAACUUUAAAUGAAAUAAUAAUUCAAAGAAAUCAAUUUUAUUCUGAGGUAACUUCAAUAAUAAUCCAACUUACAAAACUAAAUACAGUUAAAGUAAACAAUAUUUCUUUAGUAGAUAAUCAAGAAUUUUUAUUCCUUAAAACUGAAAAUAUUUUUAACGUAACAAUUGGUUAAAUAAAUUUAUAAUAAACUGACUAAUAAUUUUUGACUCCUUAAAUAUGCUACUUAAAAUAAACUAUCUAGCAGAUAAACAUUAAAGAUAUAAUCUAAUAAGGUAUAAAAGUAUCAAAAGUAUUAUUUAAUUUAGAAAAUAAUAUAAUUUAAAAGCAAAUUGCUCCUCUUGAAAUUGCAAUAAAAAAUGUUAUCAGCAAUUAAAUAAUGUUAGUAUUCAAAGAUAAUAAAGAAGAUAUGUCUAUUUUUUCUGUUAUUUCUAAGUAAACCAGCAACUUAUAAAUUGAAAAUGUAUAAUUUACUGGAUUUUAAGAUUAUAUUUUAAAUAACAAAUCUAUUUUAGGAAAAGUAUCAUAAGGUUUUUACUUUGAUGCCCCUACUGUAGCUGUGAACCUUUAUAAUUCUAGUUUUAAUGAAUUAGAUGUUAAAAAUUAAUUUGGUUGGAUUAAUGGAUAAAUUCUUUCAAUAAAUAUAAAUUAUUGCAACUUUACUAAUUAAUAGAGUUAUCUUAACAUAAAAACCAGUAGAUUAGGUGGGUUUCUGAAUAUUAUAGGUUAAGCGCUUCAUAUAUAUAAGUCUAAAUUUAUUAAUGGUAAUGCAUAAAUUGGAGGAGCAGUUUAUUGGACAUCAUAAAAUAAAGGUAGCUUUUCAUCAAUAUAGAGCCAAUAUUUAAGCAAUGUAGCUUUUAGUAGUGAUAAUUUAGAGACUCAAGGAGGAGCAAUAUUUGUUAAUGGACAAUUAUCUUAAGGUUUUGAUGUAUAUAUAUUCGAAUCUAAUUUUUCUAAUAACUUUGCAUUUAACCAAGGAGGGGCUAUAUAGAUCUAACCUUCUUUUUAUUUUAAAACUGCCAUAACAAUUAAAAUGAGUCAUUUCAGUAAUAACUUCUCUGUAUGCAGAGGUAGUAAUAUUAGCAUUUAAAAUUAACCUAAUUCUAAAUCUUAUAUAAUAUUGAGUAGUUUAGCUAUUACGAGUUAGAUUAAAUACUUUAUUGAAGUAAUUGAGAUCCUUUAAAACAAUAUUCUAAAAUAAUAUUGGUUAUAAAUUAAUUCAGUUGAUUCUUCAUUAAUUUACAUACAAAAAGCUCAUGAUGUUGAAAUUAUAAGUUCUACAUUUUAGUUAUCAGCAGGCACAUCAUAUGAUUUCUAAAACUCUGAGAAUCUGAAAUUUAUUUUUUAAAAAAUUUUGAUAAUUUAAGAAGCUAUUAACUUUUAUGAUGUAUAAAAUAUUUAUUAGGAUAGCUACUUUUUAAGUAAUAUGAUUACAACUCUUGGUAUUUUGAACUUUUAUAUCUCCGAUACUUUAAUUUAAAACAAUAGAAAUAUCUUAGAUAAAAUGCAUAAUUAAAGAUAAGACGCAUAAAGUGCAGUUUUUUAUAAUAGCUAGAACAGCUAAAUUUAUAAAUUAAAUGUAGCUAAUAACAUAUGUUAAUAUUGCAUAUUUGGGACAAUUUAAAUAGUAGGUUAAAAAUUACAAAUCUUAAAUUCUACUUUUUAAAAUAAUAUAGCAUAUAAUGGACCAGGAUUAUAUUUAUAAUAAGCAUAAUAAUACUUUGCAAACUCAAUUAAUGCAUAAUAAGUGUUUUUAGAUAACUUAAUAAUCAUUAAUUCUAAGUUCAUUAAUAAUAAAGCAAACUUAAACGGAGGAGCGAUAUACCUAAAAUAAUCUAGUAUGUUUAUUUAUGAAACUAUCUUUGAGUAAAAUAAAGCUAGCUAGUAUGGUGGAGCUAUUUUUUUAGAAAAUACACAAAAUAAUAUUUUAAUAAAUUUAAUUAAUUUAAGUAACUGCACAUUUACUUAAAACUAAGCAAGUUUUGGAGGAGCAUUAGGGUCAACUACAGGAUAAAGAGUUAAUAGAUUUUCAAAUAAUACAUAUUAAAAAAAUAAGGCUUCUCAAUAUGGGGACAACAUUUAAACUUCACCAACAAAAUUUAGUGCUUCUAUAAAUGGAAAACCUUUAUCAGACUCAAAUAUUUUAUAAAUUAAAAAUCAUUUUGGGGGGUAUCUUGAGGAUGAUAUAAUUUUAAAAUUGUGUAGUGAUUAGAAUUAAGAAAUUUUGAAUAUUCCUAAAUAUAGCUUUCUUUAAAUAGCCAUUUUAGAAGGAAAUGGUUUCUUAAGUUAGAAUAAAAUUUAUAGUUAAAAUGGUGAAUUUAAUUUAACUCAGUAAAUUAAAGUUUAUGGAAACUUCAAUUAAUAACUUAAGCUCUAAGUUACUAGCGAUUUAAUUCAAAUUCCCAUAUUCAAUUCCAGCUAAUACAUAAUUGGUUAUAGUAAGUAUUCGUUAAUUAUUGUUAUAGAGAUGGCUAAAAAUUGCUUAAUUGGCUAGAUACCUAUAAAAUUUGAAUAAAAAUAUGAUUAGUGUUAAGACUGUAAAGAUACUUAAUAUAGCUUUAGUAUAGCAAAUUAAUGUUAAUCGUGCCCUGAUUUGUCAGUUAAAUGUUAUAGAGAUAGGAUCUUUUUACCUUCAAAUUUAUGGAGAGUUAAUCAAUAAUCAAUAGUUUUAUACCCAUGUAAAAAUUGUGUAGGUGACAUUUAAAUAAGUUAAGCCAUAUAAACUAGAUAACUUUCACCUAAACACAAUGAUAUGAAUUACUAUUGCAGAUAAGGAUAUGUAGGAGCACUUUGUGAAGAUUGUGAUAGAAGUGGAUAAUAUUGGGGUGAAGCUUAUUACAUGAAAUUAGACUAAAAAUGUUCAAGAUGCAGAGACAUAAAAUUUACAGAAGUCAUUUAUCCUUUGAUAAUAUCAAUAUUGGCAUUCAUUAUAUCAAUAUAUUUAUCUUAAAGAUUGAAAGAUUAAAUUAACUUUAAGACAAUGACAAAAGUGGUUUACUUAUUAUUUUCUAAAAAAUUUUAUGGUUACGAAACCUUAAAUGUUUUUAGUGUUAUCAAAAUUUUGAUCUUUUAAUCUUCUUUAAUCGGAAUAAUGUUUUUUUAUGAUCAUAAUAUCCCAAAUUUUGUGUCUUAACUAUUUAUUGAUAUUGGCAAUCUUUUUAGUGAUAGAUUAAGGAUAACUGAGUGCUUUUUAGUUUAGAUUCUGCAAGAAAUUAGUAUAACUUUUAAAGGUAUUUACUUCUUAUUAGUGGUAAAUAUUUUAAAUAUACUUUGCUUGGUGCUUUACUAUAUCUUUUUUUUAAAAAAAUAUAAAUGUAAAAAAUAUUUAAAUGAUAUAAUACUUUCAACAAGUAUAUUUGUCUACUAUUCAAUAAGUACUAUAUUCUCCAAAAUCUUUAGAUCUUUAAAUUGCUAGGUGUUUGACAAUCAACCUUUUGUAACUGAAUAUUUAUCUAUUUCAUGUAGAGAAUUAUAAAAUAGUAAUGCUUAUAAUUUGAUAGCUUUAGCGUUAGUAUUUACAACUUUACUAAUAUUUUAUGGAUAUUUUGUGUUUAAAAUCUACUAAAGGAGAUUUAUGAUAAAAACUUAUCAAAAUUAGAUUUUAUUUGGAUUCUUUACUUAUGAAUAUAAAUAAGUGUAUUACUUUUGGGAUUUAGUUAGGCUAAUUUAUAAAAUUUUUCUUUUGUUUAUCAUGCAAUUUUCAUAUUUACCAACUCAGUUAUAGAUAGUUAUGUCAAUCCUAGUGUCAUUUACAUACACUCUGCUAACUUAGAAUUUUAAUCCUUACGUCAAUGAGAAAUAAAAUGUUUUGGAUUUUAGAAUUUAAUGCCUGACUACAAUAUGUUUUUGUUUAAAUUCAAUAUAAUUCAGAUUAGAUUAGAAUGAGCUUCAACUGACAUGCACUAUAGCUCUUGUUUGCCUAGUAUUACUUGCUAUGGUUAUAACAUUUUCAUAGAUUUUAUUUAACUAUAAGCCAAAAUUAAUAAAAAUUAUACAAAUAAUACAGUAGAAAUCAUCAAAAUUUAAAUUCGUAGUUAAGUUAUUUAAUUUGGAUAAGUACGUAGAAAGAAGUCUGAAAGCUUAAAUAUAAUGGGAAAAAUUAAGAAAAAUACUUACUUAUAUGAAAUUUAUAAAUUUUAAAUAAAAUUUCUAUUAUUAAGAUGCUGAAAAUAAAUUGACGUAUUUUUAUAAUCAUUUAAGGAAUUAAAAAACAAAAACAAUAAGUGAAUAGACAUAAAUUUGA